AAUUCAACCGAUCACGAGACCGGGUGGCUUGACAGUUAUUGGAUAAAUCAUUUUUCUUUUCUAUUUCGGCGCCUCGAAUCGGUAUUUGUGGUAAAGGUUUUUGUUUCAUUCUCCUAAUUAUUUGGAAUUCCGUGAAUGAAAUUUUCUGUGAAAGACUUGACAUACACACAUAUUUGUUUCAAGUAUAUAAUCUGCACAAAAAAUGUCCAGGUCUAAAUCCAAACAGCAUCUGCAAAUCAGUAAAAAUGAGCAACAAAACGAAUACCGCAAUUUCCGUGUAGUUUUCUUCUAUUGUCUUUUGAUUAUCAUCCUGCCAAUAAUAACGUUUUUCUCUACCAAAAGCAUUGUUUUCGACGGCUAUUUGCAGCUGUCGGACGUUAGUAGUAAUAUUUACUCUGCUAUAUCCGCCGUGAUAGUUCUACACAUUGCCCUGGGAUUGUAUAUCUACCGGGCAUACUUUGACGGUCCGUCAUCUCCUGGGGAUAGUCGGAAGGAGUCCCAGAAGCAGGAUUAA